CACACAAAGCACUGCCUCAUUUCUUUUGAGAAGCUACAGAGGCUGGAAGUCUUUGCAUCGAAAUCUGUUGCAUUUUUGUGAUAAUACUCUGUGCUUUUGAUUUAUUUUGCCAUGCCUAACCAGAAAACUGGUGUGUGGCAUCACUAUAAUGAAACCAGCAAUGGAAAAAAGAUAGUUGGCCAGUGCAAGUACUGUGGUCAGACAUACGCAAACAAUGCAACAAGAAUGAAAAGACAUUUAACAAUAUGCAAGAACUGUCCUGAAAGAACACAAUCCUCAUACAGGAAGCUGCUUCAAUUAAGCACUGGAACAACAUCUGGGAAAAGUCUCCUUCAGGAAUUAAUUGAAUUUGGCAGCUCAAGUGAAACAACAAAUCUGCCAAAUAUAAAAACUGAAAAUGCUGAAUUGCCAGCUUUCAAGAAAAGAGAAGCAGAAGCCUCUUUUUCUGGGCAACAAGAUACGAAAUACACGGGUAGGUGUUCAGGACAGUUUGGUUUUCUAGCCAAAUUUGCAGACAAAAUGUCAAAAGAAGAGCAAGAAAGGGCAGAUGAAACAUUAGCUAGAGCGAUAUUUGCAAGCGGUAUGCCCCUUUCACUAACUGAAAAUCAAUACUGGAGGGAGCAUUACAAGGUAAUUUGCCCGUCAUAUAAGUUGCCAUCAGGUUAUCAUUUAUCACAUAAUCUUUUAGACAGUGAAUACAGCAGAGUUCAAAAACUUGUUGUCCAAAGAAUCAGUCAAGUGAAGUUGUUGACAUUGCUGGCAAAUGUGUAUGUUGAUAUACAAGAAACUUCUUUACUGAGCAUUAUGUUCGCAACACCUGAACCAAGUUUCCUUAAAGCUAUUCCUACAGAAUCUGCUAAUCCUACUGGCGAAUAUAUAGCCAACCUCUUAAGUGAGGAAAUUGAAAGGACAGGCCCACUCAGGGUCCAAGCCCUUGUGACUGGCAAAGUGAGCAACAUGGAGGCUGCACAGCAAGUAUUAAAAGCAAAAUAUCCACAUUUAAUUAUAUUUGGUUGUCUUGCUGAUGGGCUGAAUCUUCUGGUAAAAGACAUAGUAAAUGUGACUGCAAUGAAAAAAAUAUUAACAAAUUGCAAAGCAAUCGUGGAGGCAUUCAACAAUCACCAUGUCAUCAACCAGACACUAAAGAGAUUACAGAAGAAGAAGCAGGGAGAGGGAACUGCACUCUUCUUGCCUUCAAAAACUAGGUGGAACUUCGCUACAAAAUGCUUAGACAACCUGCUGCGUACCAGGGAUUGUUUACAGUGUGCUUUACUAGAAGAUGAAGUAGCCCGGAUUAUUCCUCUGAAUGUUCAAAAGCAGAUUGGCAGUGAUGCCUUUUGGGUACAAGUUCAAGGAGCAUUCGAUUUUCUACUGCCAAUUUCAGAAGCUAUCAAAGAACUUCAAGAAGACAAAUCAACCCUUUCAGAUAUUCCAGAGAUUUUUAGAAAACUCAAUGAAAAGCUAACUGAACUUUUACCUUCUUCACCUCUGUCCAAAGAACAUGUAACAGUAGUAAAACAAGUACUUAUUAAAACAGCAGACUUCUGCUCUCACCCAGUUCAGCUGGCAGCCAAUCUACUAGAUCCUCAUUAUUGUGGAAACCAUUUGUCAGAAUGUGAACUAUCCUCUGCUCUUAAUGCAAUAAUGGAACAAUCCAAAAUCAUCCCAAACACUGAUGAAAUCACAGUGAUGACCGACAUUGCUGAAUAUCGUGCAAAAGAAAAGCUUUGGGGCCAAGAGCUCAUCUGGCAGGCAUCAGAAAACUUGUCUCCUCUCACAUGGUGGAAGGGUUACUGUAGCACCCGGCAACUGUCCAAGAUUGCCAUAAAGAUCUUUAGCAUUCCACCAACAGUAACUUCUUGUGAACAGAGCUGGAAGGAUUUCAACUCAGUCACACUGCAGAACAGACUAACGAAUGAACGUUGUGCGAAGGUUGCCUCUCUUUCUCAAAAUCUUUUGGUAUUGCAGAAGCAUUCAUCCCAAACAACGCUGGUAAAAAAAUGAAGUAUGAUCAAUUGCCUAUAAAAUCACUGCAGAUAUGAUCAUCGUUUGGUGAAACAGAAUGCAGCACAAGCACAUCUGAAUCAGAUUUACCUCCUGGACUGAAUUAUAUCCAUACUGCAAGCAUUUCUACAGACACCAAAACUAAAAUUGGCCUUCAUGAAAGUUAACCUUUGCUGAAGUGAUAAAUUGGGAGGUGCAGGGUGGAACAAUGUCAUAUUAUGUAAAGCUUUUUGGAUAGUCUGAAAUUACCGUAUUUCACCACAUAAUACUCACACUUUAUUUUCACUUUUUCCCCUUUAAAAAAGGAGGUGCGACUAUUAUGGGGUGAAAAUUUGGAGGCUACCAGCUGAGGGAGACCCCAUAAGCCUCCCCUGCUGGAACAUGCAGACGAAUGAGAUCUACAGGGCUUUCUUUGGCUACCGGUAGCCGAAGGAGAUCCCAUAGGCUUUGCCCGCUGGUGUGUGUGGCCAAACAAUGCUUCCAGGCCUUGGUUUCCUGGAGGCCCUGCAGCUCUCUCCAGCAGGUGCGCAGGAGAGUGAAGCCUUAUAUGCCUGCUGGGGAGAGCUAGGAAGCCUCUGUCAGCUAGCGGUAGUCAAGGGAAGGCUCCUAACACUUGUGCCUUCACUCAGAAUUACGGGAGCUGCUUCAAAGGGCAGAUGCAUGGGCGGGGGUGCAACUAUUAUGUGAGGAAUAAAAAAUACUGAAACCACGACCCCAAAAAGGUAAGAUGCAACUAUUAUGCAAUGGCAACUAUUAUGCAAUGGCAACUAUCAUGCAAUGAAAUAAGGUAGUUUUCACAGUUUCAACUGCCUUAAUCUUCUCUCCGUUAUGUUUCAAUAAGGUAAGAAAAAAUGUAUAUAAUUUAGUUAUAGUAUCUUAAUAUAUUUAAAAAUGCUAAUCAAAAUAAUAUCCAAAUGCAUUUUCACUGUUUUUGAACACAAAUAUGGUAAGUGUUCAAAACCUUUUCCAGUUCUUGGUUAUGAUGCUGAUGGAUGUAUUUUGUGAUGUUUUACUUUUCUAGUUUUAACUGUUUUAUUUAUACUGUUUAACUAUUUAAUGCUUUAAUUAUGUAAUUUGAAUUGUUUAUGCUGGACUUGGUCCCCAUGUAAGCCACCCCGGAGUCUCUUCGGGGAGAUGGAGGUGGAUUAUAAGAAUAAAGUUAUUAUUAUAUUAUAUUAUUCUUUACUAUUUUUAAAGCAUCUCAAAUCCAACUACCCUGAGUCCUGAAAGGUGUGGAGGGGGGUGAUUUGAGAUGUUUAUACAACACACAAAGUAUCUGAGACUUGUUGCAAAUUGUAUUUAUCCUUUAAAAUUGCUAUCUAUGUUUUGUUUUACUUAACCUGGCAUGUGACAAUUAAAAACAACAAUUUAUUGUAAUGAAUUAUUUUAUGUUGAGAUUCAGAUUGUUGAGACAGGCUAUUUUCCUCCUAUAACCAGUACCUUUGUUUUUGUCUUCUCUUGAAUGCUUCUAAAAUAAAAAGCUGUGUGUAACAGUACCAUACUUCUCAUUAACAAUUAUUUAUAACCUUACUCUGAAAUGCCAGAAAGACCUUUAAGGGGGGGGGGGGGUCUUGAAAGUGUAGUGUUGAUAGAACUAAUUUUAAAAUGAAAUGUCUUGUCCAGAUUGAAAUCCUUGGGAAAAGUAACCCUAAUAAUUGGGGCUGGGUUUGUUUGGCAACUGUCGUGACAACUACAGUGUUCCCUCAGUACUUCGCGGUUUGCUUUU